UGCCUGGAGCUCUGAUAUACAGAAUCUCAAGAGCUUCAUUAAAUCCCUCCAAAUCUCUCCACGUCAUCCCAAUUCUUUGUCUUUAAAGCUCUUCAAUAUCCUCCUUUAAAAUCUAGAAAUCAUGGUAAACUUCAAUUUAUUCAGAUUGGCACAUCUCAUCAAAUAAAUGAGCUCUUCAAGCUGACUUCCCACCUUAUAUUAGACUUCGAUAGGUACAGGUUACGAUCUUUCGAAUUCCGUCUUCUCUCCGGAUGGACGAAACUUUCAAGUCGAAUAUGCAGUAAAGGCGGUCGAAAAUGGUGGAACCUCUGUUGGGAUUAAAUGUAAAGAUGGAGUUGUACUUGCAGUUGAGAAGAUCAUCACCAGUAAGCUCCUAAAGGCGGGAGCCAACAAACGUAUUGCGACAAUCGAUAGACAUAUGGGUGCUGUAUGUACAACCUUGAUAAUUGAAUAGUCAUUUUGAAAUGAUAAAACGGCUAAUUAUCCUUUUACAGGUAUCUUCAGGAUUAGUACCAGAUGGUAGACAUUUCGUUUCCCGUGCACGCGAUGAAGCUGCAAGUUGGCGUAACGUCUACAAAACUCCAAUUACAACCGCAGAUUUGGCUAGUCGAAUGGGUGGAUACCUUCAAGCAUAUACCCUCUAUUCAUCCGUACGACCAUUCGGUAUUACUGCGAUCGUUGCAGGUUAUGACUCUGAACAAGAAUUACCAGUCGAUGGACAAGUAGGAAGUGGACCAUCUAUUGGUUCUGGAGGAAAGGUUGAAGGCAAGAAGUAUGGUGGACCUGGUCUUUAUAUGAUUGAACCAAGUGGAUUGUACUGGGGUUACUAUGGGGCUGCUACCGGUAAAGGACGUCAAGUCGCAAAAGCCGAAUUAGAGAAGUUGGAUCUUGCAGCAGGGAAGUUGAGUCUAUUAGAUGGUGUCAAAGAGGCUGCGAGAAUUAUUUACGUUGCGCAUGAUGACAAUAAGGAUAAGGAAUUCGAGCUUGAGAUGACCUGGAUUAGCAAUCUUGAUGGACCAACAAAGGGAAGACAUGAGGAAGUACCGAAGGAUAUUCUUGAGGAAGCUGAGAAUUUAGCGAAGAAGGCUUUGGAAGGUGAAGAUGAUGAGGAAGAAGAGAAACCGGCUGAAGGAGAUAAGAUGGAGGAAUAGUUAAAGAAGUAUGUGUGAGAAUCCCUUUGUAUCAACACCUGCCUUUACAAUUUUACAUGGCCUAAAGGUUUUGAGCUUAUCACAGCAUACGACACUCUAAUGAUACAUUUUACGCCAUUGAUUUUAUUUGAGUCUUUUCUUUUUACUACUUUAUGCAAUCCUAGAG